GCAGACGGAGGCUAUAGUCGCAGUUCGGCAGAACGCGUAUAGCUUUACCAUCGCCAGUGUUGCGCCUGUGUCGUGUUGAGAGAAGACACUGGUCCUGUCGGGCGUGAAACACAAAACAAUGCGGUAGUCGGCGUGGGGGGGACACCGGAAGAAGAAGAAGAAGAAGAGGCGGUAAGGGACGACACUUACUGGGGGUGGCAGGAAUCGAGGAGCAGCGCCGACGUCGGCAGAGCAGACGCAAGAGCGCGGGGUGGCGGUCCUGCUUUAGCCGUGAAUAGAAAAAAAAAAAAAAAAACGCGAAGAUGAUCGACAUGGUGCGAGGCUUGGUCGGGGUGGCGUCCCCCUUCCUGGCGCCGAUGUGGAACGUCAUCUCUGUGGUGGCUGUGUCUGCGCUCGUGUACUUUGCCAUUUAUCGAUUGGCGUGCAUGGGUGUCGCCACUUUCAUUCAGAACUUCUUCCCUAUCCCGAGUCUCGUGAAAUUUGGCAAAUGGGCUGUUGUUACGGGGGCAACGGAUGGCAUUGGCAAAGCGUAUGUCCAGGAGUUGGCGCGGAAAGGACUCAAUGUGGUGCUCAUCAGCCGCUCCAAGGAUAAACUUGAAAAAGUGGCAAAGGAGAUUGAAAAUGAAUUCCGCGUGGAGACCAAGAUCAUCGACGUGGACUUCACCGAGACCACCAUCUAUGAGCGAAUCCGCAAGGAGCUGGACGGCCUGGAGAUUGGCAUUUUAGUGAACAAUGUCGGGAUGUCGUAUCCGUACCCGGAACUGCUGCUGGACAUUCCCAACGGGGACCGGCGGUGCAUGGACCUCAUCAACUGCAACACCACCUCCAUGGUCAUGAUGUCGCGCAUGCUCAUGCCGCAAAUGGAGCAGCGCCAAAACGGACUCGUCAUCAACAUCUCGUCCAUUUCUGGCCUGUGCGGCGUCCCGCUGCUCACUGUCUACGCCGCCACGAAGUCAUUCGUGGAGACCUUCAGCACGAGUCUAGAGUACGAGUACAAGGAACGCGGGAUUUUGGUGCACCUGGCGAUCCCGGGCUACGUGGCGACGGCCAUGAGUGGCGUCCGAGAGCCGACUAUCUAUGUGCCGUCGGCGACGGACUUUGUGCGCGGAGACCUCCGCAGCAUCGGAUGGCUCAACAGAACCGGUGGCUACUGGUUCCACAACCUCACGGUCAUGCUGAUCGAUGGUGGGAAGUACUUCUUGCCCCAGACGAUGAAGAGCAUCAUGUGGUACUUCUUGCACCCGAGUCGCAUGAAGGUGCUCAACCGACAAAACAAGAAGCUCAAGGGCACGUGAAGUUUGUCUUCAUGCCAGUCCGUGUUUGCCGGAAACGUCUUCCCCAUUCGGCACCCAGUCAGAGACAAAAAUACUUCCAUUUCUUUCACAUACCGAGACAAGAUGACGAAGCAGUUGCUUUUUUUUCGCAUUUUUCUUCUGUGUCUAUUUAAAAGAACAGAAAAAGAAGGACUCGAGAGUUGAGUAUUUUUAAUCACGUGGGAAAAUCAUGAGACUUCUGAUGAAACAAAAGCUGUCAUUUCCAUGGAACAUCGCGGAAGUGUGCAUGUACUUCAAUGUGAAACUCGAUCUUUUCGCUGGACGCGAAGUAGAAUAUUUUUCCACUCAUAUCAUCACACCAUUUUACUCGAUAUUUUUUGGUACGACGAGAAGCUCAUUUCUUUCCCUUCUUUAAUUUUAAAAUAUUGCUGGGUACUCCUCAGGAUUUGAAAAUUGCGUGGAGUCUUCUUUGAUCGCUGACCAAGCUCUACCUGCAUACGUAUGCUAAAGUAUAAUCGACCUGUCAUGAUCAUAAUUUUCUUCGCUUUCAUUCAAACUGAAUUGUUGAAAUGCGUUCCGCGGGUCGGACACUUGAAUAUUUUAGGGCUAUGAUUCGUACUAGGUGAUGGACGAACUUUGAGACUGAGUGAGAUUGAUUCGAUUGGCAGACGGCUUUCUGCAAUGCUUGCCGAGUCAUAAAACUUCAAUUAAAAUCUCUUUGUUGCCUUUGUUUACAAUUCUUGGCUGUUAUUCCGAUUGUUUGCGUUGUUCCUCAUUUUUCAAAAGUGCGCGUGAUGGAUUUUUUGCUACAUAAGACAUUUUAUUCCAAGUGAGAAAAUAAAAAGCGAUCAAAAUUGGAUUAGAA